AUGUGCCACGCUCUGCCGACGGGUAUGGAGCGAGACCAGACACUACGAGCGAUUAGAGAGAAGAACCACACGCUUCCAUCAACAUUUCAAUACUCUGAAAAGGUCGUACAGGGCAGGAUUAUCGAGUCUCUUUUGAGUCACAGUCCUAGCGAACGGCCCUCGGCGUCGGAGCUUCUUCACAGCGGUCAAAUCCCUCUGCAGGUGGAGGAGGAAACCUUUCGACGAGCGAUCAUGCACCUGCUGUCGGACCCUAACUCUCCCGAUUACAAGAAAAUUCUAUCGGCAAUAUUCUCCCAGUCCCCCAAGAAGUUUGAAGACAUUGCCUGGGAUAUGGAUUCCCAUGGGGCGCCAGCUGCUAAUGAGCUUCUCAUCCACGGUCUGGUCAAAGAGAGACUUACGUCGAUCUUCCGAAGACACGGGGCCGUCGAAAAUGCGAGACAGAUGCUGUUCCCCAGAUCACAACAUUACAACAAUGGUGCCGUGCGACUGCUGGAUUCUACCGGUAACUUGCUCCAACUGCCGUUUGAUCUGACACUUCCCAAUGCGCGUGCGAUUCCUCGGCAAGAUGCUUCACUUGAAAAGACGUUCGCGUUCGGUACGGUAUACAGGGAGACACCGCAUGGCGGUGAACCUCGAACCCACAGAGAGGUGGACUUUGAUAUUGUGUCACAUAACACUCUUGAUCUGGCCCUGAAGGAAGCCGAGACCAUCAAAGUCCUCGACGAGAUCAUCGACGAUUUCCCGCCGCUGAGAUCGGCUCCUAUGUGCUUCCUGGUCAAUCAUUCCGAUCUGCUCCAGUUGAUCAUGGAGUUUUGCCGCAUCACGCCAUCCAAGAUUCCCUUGGCGAAAGAGGUGAUUAGCAAAUUAAACGUUGGAAAGUGGACAAUGUCGAAGAUCCGCAGUGAGCUCCGGUCUCCGGCCAUCGGUAUCGCUUCAACCUCGUUGGACGAUCUGGCGAGAUUCGAUUUCAAAGAUUCUCCAAAGCAAACACAGAAGCGACUGCGCACCAUCAUGGAGGGUACCCCAUAUGCCGAACGGCUGGCACCUAUCUUUGUCCGGCUGAACCUACUCCUGACUUAUCUUCAGGCGUUUGACGUAAAGCGCAAGGUUUAUAUCAACCCUCUUGGAAGCUUGAACGACAAAUUCUUCCGAGGUAGCAUUCUGUUCCAGUGUGUUUUCGACAGCAAACGCCGGGAUGUCUUCGCAGCCGGCGGUCGAUAUGACUCCCUGGUGAAAGAAUUUCGUCCCAAGGUCCUAACAAGCCGCUCGCACACACAUGCUGUUGGGUUCAAUCUAAGCUGGGAUAAGCUCAACUCAGUCAUGCUCGACUAUUUUCGUGGUUCUACCAAGAGUUCUCCCAAGCAAACAGAGACUGAAAUCGGGGCUUUUUGGCGAGCCAGAAGAUGCGAUGUACUUGUUGCUAGCUUCGACGCGACUGUUCUGCGCACGCUUGGCGUGAAGAUCGCGCAGGAUCUCUGGGCGGCUGACGUCAGUGCAGAGAUCGCGAUUGACGCUUCCUCGCUAGAGGAGCUCCUCGCUCAGUACAAGGAGCAUAACCAUAGCUGGAUCGUCAUUGUAAAGCAAGACAGCCAGGAGCGAGGCUUCAAGAUCCGAUGUCUUGAACCCAAGGAGGAACUUGAUGUGAGGGGUGCCGAGCUCAUUCCCUGGCUUCGCAACGAAAUCCGGGCACGCAAUCAGCGUGAAGGCGUCACGGACUCGUUCCGACAAUCCCGACUGUCCAGCCAACCUGAUCUCAAUGGGCCGAGUGAGCGAGUGAACGAUGUGCGCAUCUUGGUGCCCCAGCAUCGCAGCAAGAAGUCCAACCGAAGGAACAUUGUCGAAACGGCUCUAUUCCGCUCCCGAGAAGUCAUCGAAGAUGCCUUGAACGGACCUAUCGCGGCCAUCGACACUCGGGAUGACCUCCUGGACGCCAUCCGAGAUACACGGCUAUCGGACCCGGACAGCUGGCGUGCAGUUAUACAGAAUGCACCGCUGACCGAACGAAAGUACCUGAGUCAGGUCCACGAAUUACUCAUAGACAUCGCCAAUGAGAGCCACAUGGGUGACGGCGCGGACGACUUCACCAAUGCGUUCAUAUAUAACUAUCGCACGGGAUCAUGUGUGUACUACGAUCUGGGAACACGAAAUGAGAGAUGA